UUCUUACCUUCUCUCUCUCUGUCUCUCCUUCUUUCCUCCACACAUGGUUUUAGUGUACUAAAGAACUGCUACUAGCAAUUUCGCAUUUGGUAAUUGUAAAAGUAUUAGUUUUUUAAAUCACAUCACAAGAAUUGUACACGACUCGCGUAACGUCUCUUGCGUAAUAAUUACAUUGUCCCGAUGUAAGCGGAUAUUUAUUAAUUAAAGAAAUAAUUACAACAAAGUAUUUCACAUAUAAGAGAUUAGGAAUUAACAAUUAAAAACAUAUAAUGAAAGAACAUUGAGAAUUGUUACGUUUAACAUUUAUACGCGUAUCUGCUAAUUAAUUUCUUUAAUCAACAUCCGGCCCCUGGUACAUUUCCAAUCAUUAGGACAUCCUUUGAAUAUGUGUAUCCUAUCUUUACAUCUUUACUUUUUUUUCACUAUUGACAGAGAGAUUUGCGACCUGUCUAAUUACAGACGUUUAUAAUUUAUGAUAGGCGUCGCAUUGUUUUCAAGAGAUAGCAACGAGACGUUCAGACAAUAUCUUGUGUUGCUUUGAUUAAUAACAAAAUAUUUAUUCUUUCUUUUUUUUUCUCGAGAAACGCAGAUAGAAAACAAAACUCGCGCGACUGAUUUAUAGUUUUAUAAGUAUAAUCUUUCGCGCGAAUUGUUUUAUGUGAAUUUUUAAACGCGCUCCGAUGACACAUUGGAGCGCGCGUGAUGUGUGUGUAAGUAUAUAUCCGAUCGAUAUCCAAAAAUAUCCUUCGGGUUGUAUAUCUGCGCCGUCGUGUGUAUAUGCGCGCCCGUUAGAAAAGAGAAGAGGCCAACACGCCGUGGUGGUUUCGAGGCGGCGACGACAACGAGUUGGACGACGUAUAGUGGACGAGGACGAUCGAUGUGAUCUGUGGCGCGUUCAAUGCCGCUUGCGAGGAACAUUGAAUUGUUCAGCGGCGGCAACAGCAGCAGCAGCCAGAUAGACUUCAGGGAGAGAGAAAGAAAGAGGGGAUGUACCCCACGUAUAUUACGAUGCCUAUAUAGCUAGCCACCAACAGAACAGAUCGUUUCAGUCGUUGCUUCUCGUCUCAGGAUUUGCCGGCAAUUUUUUUACUUUUUUGUUUUCUGUCUUCUUUUAGAAUCGCUGCUAUAUUCUCGGAUUAUAGUUUCUUUCAUAUCGGACCUUCGCGGUGCGACAAGUUUUCCACAAUGAUCGCUGUCGGCAGAACUCACUGAAGAUCAGAGAUCGAUCAUCAGCGUUAAUUGACUUUGUUUUUUUGUCGCCGAUCUAGUUUCCGCGAUACUCGGGAAGGAAAAGUAGCACACGCGCGCAAGACAGCGUUGUUUUAUCGCGAUAUAACAACGUAGGAAUAUUCAAUAUGUUCUCCGGGACGUAAACUUUUUUUUUCCCCCGCAUCAUUCCACUCGCUGUUGUCGUCGUCGACGAUAGGGAAGCAGCCGGCGCAGCGAGUGCUUUUUCAAACGAGUCCGGGAUUUUCGGGUUUGAGAGAGAGAGCGUGUCGCAGCAUCCCGAAGGCUGGCGUCGAAACGUGGCAAUCGACGUGCGAAAAAAGUGUUGCCUCCUCCUCUCUUUUCCCGAGGUACCUCGGAGGUCUCGAUCGAAGACAACAUGCCGCCGCAGGAGAAGUACUCCACGUCCGAGGAGGCCGCCGAUGAUCUAAAGGACGCGAGUCCCGACGGCUUGUCGCCCUCGGCCUCGUCCGAGAGCGGACUUCCGACGAGCGAGAAAGAAUCUUCCGUCAAGGAGCGGAAGGACGAAGACUCGAAGCGGGACGACCAGCAGGAACAGCAACCCAAGGACCUGGACUUCGACGACUUGCUGCCACACGUCGGCGAGUUCGGCGUCUAUCAGAAGAUUCUGUUCGUGCUGAUGAUACCGUUCGCCUUCUUCGUCGCCUGGGUUUAUUUCUCGCAGAUAUUCAUCACCCUCGUGCCGGAAGAUCACUGGUGCCGCGUACCGGAACUGGAGAAUCUUACCGUCGAAGAGAGGAUCGCGUUGGCGAUACCGAGCGGCGAGGACGGCCGCUCAAAAUGCACGAUGUACGAUGUGAAUUACACGAAACUCCUGUCAGACGGAAUCAGAGAUGUGGACCUGAAAUGGCCGACGAAGAGCUGCUCGCACGGUUGGGAGUUCAAUUUCACCGACAUACCCUACGAGACGGUGGCGACCGAGUUGGGAUGGGUGUGCGAGCACUCCGCGCUGCCGACGACGGCCCAGAGCGUCUUCUUCAUCGGCGCGAUCUUCGGCGGUCUGAUCUUCGGCUGGAUCGCCGACAGAUACGGCAGGAUACCGGCGCUGGUCGGCGCCAACGUUACCGGGUUUCUGGCGGGCGUCGCGACGGUGCUGGCCGGAAGUUUCUGGGAAUUCGCGCUCUGCCGAUUCUUCGUCGGCUUUGCCUUCGACAACUGCUUCACCAUGAUGUACAUAUUAGUGUUGGAAUACGUGGGACCCAAAUGGCGCACCUUCGUGGCGAACAUGUCGAUCGCGCUGUUCUUCACGUUCGCCGCCUGUAUUCUGCCCUGGAUCGCGUACUUCCUGGCCGACUGGAGAAUGACCUGCAUCGCCAUUUCCGUUCCCCUGGCUCUGGCGAUCGCGGCGCCGUGGCUGGUGCCGGAGAGCGCGAGGUGGCUCGUCAGUCAAAAUCGCGUGGAGAAGGCGAUCGAGAUCCUGGGUAAAUUCGAGCGCAUCAACGGCACGAAGGUGCCCGAGAAUGUUUACAAGCAGUUUCGCGAAACUUGCGCUCGGAUGUGCAAGGAACAGGAAGCGGACAAAACUUACUCCGUGGUGGAUCUGUUCAAGAGUCCGCGUCUGCGUAACAUCACGAUUCUUCUCAUAAUUAUCUGGAUGGCGAUAUCGCUGGUAUUCGAUGGCCACGUGAGAAACGUGAACAAUCUCGGACUCGACGUUUUUAUGACAUUUACCGUCGCUGCGUUCACGGAACUUCCCGCCGAUACGUUCCUCACCCUCGUCUUGGAUCGAUGGGGCAGACGAUGGCUGGCUUGCGGCACCAUGGUUAUAUCCGGCAUCUUCAGCAUAUGGGCGUGCGCGGUUUCGAACAAUAUUUAUUCGGCCACGCUGGCGAUCGUCGGCAGAUUCUGGGUGAACAUUUCGUACAACAUCGGUCUUCAGUACGCGGCCGAGGUAUUGCCGACGGUUGUGAGAGCUCAGGGAGUCGCUUUGAUCCACAUAAUGGGAUAUGUCGCCAGCAUCCUCGCGCCGUUCGUCGUCUAUCUUGACGUGGUCUCGUCGAUAUUGCCGUUAUUGCUUCUCGGAAUCAUAGGCGUUUUCGGCGGCCUUCUAACGCUUUUCCUGCCGGAAACGCUUGACAAAGAUUUGCCACAAACCUUGCAAGACGGCGAAGACUUCGGAAAGGAUCAGAAGAUGUGGGAUAUGCCGUGUCUCUCGAAGAAAAAGCCCGUAGACGCGGAAAUGCCACCGGUGGUCACGAUUCAACGAUCGUUUACACGUAAUAGUCUACGAAGUUCGAUGAGAGCGUCCACUCGCGGCGAGACCUUGAGAAGCAGCAUGAUACAAAGAUCGAGCAUAAGGUCACGGAAAAGCGUGAACGCGGCCAUGGAAGCGGAGACCAAGUGAAAGCUAUACGGUUACGACGUAACUCUCCGCGAUUUUCAGCAUUUUGUGUCAUUCUGUCUUCCUAUGCAUAUAAUAUUUUCCGCAGAAUCAUGUGAUAUGUCAGAGCUAUCAAAAUCAAAUUACACCUGUCGCCCAUAUUUAUAUAUAUCAAAAUUUUUAACGUUUCUUAGGAUUGUGAUUUAAAAAAAAAAAAAAAAAAAAAAA